AUGAUUGAUGGAGGGGUGCACUUGAAUUGGGACAACUUCAAGGGGGUCUUCCUUGAGAAGUAUUUCCCGGAUGAUGUGAGGAGUCAAAAGGAAGUGGAGUUCCUUGAGCUGAAGCAAGGGAAUGACAUUGUAGUAGAGUAUGCUGCCAAGUUUGACUCAUUGGUUCGUUAUUGCUCCCACUAUCAUGGUGAGGGUGGUGAACGUGCUAAAUGCAUUAAGUUUGUGAAUGGGUUACGUCCCAAAGUGAAAACAGCGAUCAACUAUCAGGAGACCUACCAUUUUCCAACCUUAGUGAACAAGUGUCGCAUCUUUGACCGUGACAACCGUGCACGGGCUGCUUUCUACAAGGGAGUUGGAGGUCCUAUGCGUGCUACAAGUUCUAAUGCUUCGAGUAGGAGUAAACCUUACUCCGCUCCUUCUAAGUUCCAAGGGAGUCAAGCUGCUGUUAGUGGGAGCAAGUCACAUGUUGCAGGAAGCAAGCCUUAUGCUGGAAGAUCUGUGGUGAGUGGCACAGGGAGUGUUGGAGGCUCUGUUUCUACUCCCACGGAUCAAUGCAGUAAGUGUGGGCGACGUGGUCACACUAGCUAUGAAUGUCUUGACAAGGAUGUCACAUGUUUCAAUUGUAGAGGAAAUGGUCACAUCAGCACCCAGUGUCCUAAACUGCCAAGACCACGUGUUACUGGAUCAGAUGUCCAAGUUAAGCGUCUAAAGGCUGUAGGGAGAGUAUUUUCUCUUGGUGGUGCUGAAGCUGCUCGGUCAAAAAAUUUGAUACAAGGUACUUGUUUCAUAGUUGAGACUCCUUUUAUUCUACUAUUUGAUUCUGGUGCAACUCAUUCCUUUAUUUUUGUCUCUUGUGUCCAAAAGUUGGAUUUGCCUAUAUCUUGUUUAGAUUUUUUGAUAUGCGAGUAUCUUGAUACGAGGAUAGAUGACCUUAUGGAUUAA